AAAUUUAAUGUCCCUAUAUAUAACGGAUUAAGUUUUGAAUAAUUAAAGUUAUUGCCAGAACAAAAAGAGAACGAAAAAAAGAAUAUUCUCAAUCUACCACCAUGUAUUCCUCUUCGAGUUCUUGGAGCUCAUCACAAGAAUCAUUCUUGUGGAACGAAAGUUCGUUUUUAGAUCAAUCCUUCUUUUGCCCUGCUCAUAAUUACUCUGAUGACUUCUUCUCAUUUGAGUCUCCGGAGAUGAUGAUAAAAGAAGAAACCCAAAACGACGACGUUUCAAACUCCGAGGGAGAAGAAAAGAUUGGUACUGUCGAUGAAGAGAAGUCAUACAGAGGAGUGAGGAAGAGGCCAUGGGGAAAAUUUGCUGCGGAGAUAAGAGAUUCUACUAGGAACGGGAUUAGGGUUUGGCUCGGGACGUUUGAUAAAGCCGAGGAAGCAGCUCUUGCUUACGACCAAGCGGCUUACGCAACAAAAGGAUCUCUUGCUGUACUCAACUUCCCCGUGGAAGUGGUCAAAGAGUCGCUCAAGAAAAUGGAGAGUGUGAAUCUUGAAGAUGGAGGGUCUCCGGUCAUGGCCUUGAAGAGAAAACAUUCGCUUAGAAACCGGCCUAGAGGGAAAAAGCGAUCUUCUAAUUCUUCUUCUGCUUCUUCUUGUAAUUCUUGUUCUUAUUCAUCUUCUUCCUCUUCUUCGUCUUCAUCAUCAAGAAGUAACAAGCAGAGUGUUGUGAAGCAAGAAAGUGGUACACUUGUGGUUUUUGAAGAUUUAGGUGCUGAAUAUUUAGAACAACUACUUAUGAGCUCAUGCUGAUCUUGUAAAUGAUUCCAGCUAUAGCAAUCAUUAAAUUUUAAUCUUGCGGUAGUUUUGAGAUUCGUUUGUUCAUUCUGUAAUUUCUUUGGUUCUCUUACUUUUCCUUUGUUGUAUCCAAAAGAAAUUAUUGGAAGAGAUGCGAUGAUGAUGGUGAUGUUGAACUGUAUAAAAAACUCUAUUAUUGCAUUAGAGCACACGCA